AUGGAGGACAGAGGGAGGAGGGAGAUGGAGGACAGAGGGAGGAGGGAGAUGGAGGACAGAGGGAGAGGGAGGAGGGAGGGGGAGAUGGAGGACAGAGAGGGAGGGAGGGAGAUGGAGGACAGAGAGGGAGGAGGAGGGAGAUGGAGGACAGAGGGAGGGAGAGGAGAUGGAGGAGAGAGGGAGGAGGGAGAUGGAGGACAGAGAGGGAGGAGGGAGAUGGAGGACAGAGAGGGAGGAGGAGGGAGGGCUGGCGGGCCAGCGGGCGAGGUUAUGACUGCGAGGCCAGCGGGAGGAGGUCGCCGCUUGCUGGCCCGAGGUCGUCGUGGCAGUGCGUGUCCCGCGGGCGUGCGUGCUAGCAGGUCGGGCCGCUCGUUCGGAUUGCUUCCAGCGCUGGCGUCUUGCUGUCGGGCGCUGCAGGGCGGCCCGCGCGUGGGCUGCGGGCGCUGUGCUGUGCCCGAGUCGUUGCUGCGUUGCUCGAAUCUCCGGGAAAGCGCUUCGGGGGGUGUCGGUGGGCGGGUCGUGAUGCUUGGCUCAGUGGGUGGCCCUCGUCUGUGUCGGCCUGUGCGCUCGAUGGAGCGGGCCCGUCUGGCGGCGGGUGCGCAUGAGCGUCCGCUCGUGGCGGCGUGUGCCGUCAUGGACGGCCCGCGGGCGGCGGGGCGGCUUUCGGCCCGCGUCGUGUCGUCGUGGUCCGCAGCGGCCCGCGUGCGGUCGGGUCGCUUGUGCGUGACCCUCGCUGGCGUCUGUCUCUUGCUGUCCCCUGUGGGCGUUGUGUUUGCAGCAAGCGGCCCGCGGGGACGGCUUGAUGCUGGCAGUGCCCGCUGGCGCCCGGCAGCUGGCGUGCCCGCUGUGCCGUCGUGCCUCAUUCGUCUGGCGCCCACCGCGGCGCGGCGCCGCGCACCGCAUGUGCGGGCGUCGUGGCGCAUGGCUGUGACCGCGCUCGCGGCGGGCAGCUGGCGGAUGCCUCGCUGCCGAUCGUCGUGUGCGGAGGCUGCUGGCAGCCUCGCGGUGCUGCGGCGCGCGCGCAGUGCUGCCCGCGUGCUGCGCGAGCUCGGCGGCGUGAGCUUGAGCGUGCGCAGGCGGCCUGAGCGUCGGCUCGGGGGCGCAGGUGCGUGA